GAGGAGAGAAGAGCUCAGUGCAUCAUGGGAAGUCCCCUGGCAAUCUAGGCCUAUAGCAGCAGCAGUCAAAUCACAUUUUAGAUUUUGAUGUUGUGUCUGUUUGAAUUGGAUCUCUACACAAUCUGGAUAGGUCUCAAUCCAAGAUACAAGUCAGCUACUGAAAAAUAACACUCACACACACACACAGUCAUACAGUGGUUUUAUUGUGUGCGUGUGUGUUAUCAGUGCUGUCCAGCUUCUCAGCUUUUUCCUGCCAAACAUCCGUUUCCUUGGUAACCCAGACGGGAAACAGGAAGUGUGAGUCACAGGAAGUAGUUCUAAUCUUUGUCAAGUGUUUUGAUUUUUGGAUUUCUUUUUUUUUUUGUUCUGAAUGGCCUUCUGUCUGUGUUACCAUGGAAACAUCCUGAUUUCACAGACCAGUUGGCUAGCAUGAUGUCAGCAAACUAUUAGCAAACUACCAGCUGGCUACCAGAUGGGCAGGGCAGCUCCCAGAAUACAAUCUGAAACUCUGAGACCUCUCACUCUACUGCAGGAUUACUACACAAUAACUACAGUUAUACUACAGAAACUACUUUACCGUUUGAUGUAAAACUACUUCAUCUUCUGAAGAUUCUGCUCAUUCUACAAGAGGAACUACAACAUCUACGGAAACUUCAUCUACUGCAGAAAGUACUCAUUCUGCUACUGCUACAAGUACUCAGUCAACCACAGGAUUACAACAAUCCACCAGAAACUCUCCUGAAAGCUGUUCAACUGAAGUCCAACCAAUCAAAAACCAGAGACCCAAGAAUCUCAGACUGGACCACAGCAGAAACCAUAGCCAGAGCCAGUACUGGACCAGUAUACCAGUCAGACCAGGCCAGGACAGACCAGAAGAGACCAGUAGAAAUCAGUAAAGGCCAUUGGAAAAGUUUGAUGGGACUGCUGACGUUAGCCACAUGCCUCUGAGUCCGGCUGCUGACACCAAACAUGAUCGCCCGCGGCAACAGGCGGUUACUAACGGCAACCCGACAGGCUCUGCUGUUGCCAGGGACGACGACGUGGAGGACGCACCUCCUGGAAACAGCAUUGUCGUCCGCAUUGGCAUCCCGGACCUGCAGCAGACGAAGUGUUUGCGGUUGGACCCAGAGUUACCAGUUUGGACCAGUAAGCAGAGGGUUCUGGUGACGUUGACUCAGUCUCUGUCGGAUGUUUUGAACUAUGGUCUCUUCCAGCCGGCGUUCAACGGCCGAGCCGGAAAGUUUCUGGACGAGGAGCGACUGCUGAAGGAGUAUCCUCUCCCUCCCAUCACACCCAUCCCAUACCUGGAGUUUCGUUACAAGAGAAGAGUUUACACGCAGAGCUACGUGGACGACAAACAACUGGCCAAGCUACACACCAAGGCCAACCUGAAGCGCUUUAUGGAACAUGUGCAUCAGAAGAAUGUGGAGAAGGUUUCCAAAUGGUUGGAAAAAGGCCUGGACCCCAACUUCCAUGACUCCGACAGCGGGGAGUGUCCUCUGACUCUGGCGGUCCAGCUGGAGGAAAGCUGUGAGCUGAUCAAAGUUCUUCGCAGUGGAGGAGCUCACCUGGACUUCAGGACCAGAGACGGGAUCACCGCUCUGCAUCGAGCCGUCCUCUGCAGGAACAGCGCUGCUCUCACUACUCUGCUGGACCUCGGAGCGUCUCCAGACUACAAGGACAGCAGAGGGCUGACUCCUCUCUAUCACUCUGCCAUGGUAGGUGGGGCCCCCUACUGCUGCGAGCUGCUGCUGCAGGACCACGCCACCAUAGGGAUGACUGAUGAGAACGGGUGGCAGGAAAUCCACCAGGCCUGUCGCUAUGGUAACGUGCAGCACUUGGAGCACCUGCUGUUCUACGGCGCUGACAUGAGUUCCCAGAAUGCAUCGGGAAACACCGCACUGCACCUCUGUGCUCUUUACAACCAGGACAGCUGUGCCAGAGUGUUACUGUUCAGAGGAGCCAAUAAGGACAUCAAGAACUACAACAACCAAACUGCCUUUCAGGUGGCGAUCAUUGCUGGGAACUUCGAUCUUGCAGAAAUCAUUAAGAUCCACAAAACCUCUGACGUUGUAGUUCCUUUCAGAGAAACUCCAUGCUACACUAAACGCCGCCGAGGCGCCGUGAUCAGGGCGCCGGCCGGAAAUGGUCUGUCGUCACCGCGCUCUCUGAUUCGCUCGGCCAGUGACAACGCUCUGGAGAGCCCCGCCUCAUCUCCUGGCCCCUCCCUGCAAAGCCUGGAGACACACCACGACACACACACACACUCGCUACGACGACACACACGCCGGCUCAGCCCGAGCGGUGGAGGUCAUGUGGAGACCAGCCCCCCCUCCUCCCCUCCCCUCACCCCCCAGAUGAGGAAGAGGAGGCUGUAUAGUGCUGUGCCAGGACGCACCUUCAUCGCCACCCGAUCCCACGUCCCUCAGGGCACUGGAGAGAUUCAGCUGCACCGAGGAGAGAGGGUCAAAGUGCUUUCUAUCGGUGAAGGAGGAUUCUGGGAAGGAAGUGUUAAAGGAAGAACUGGUUGGUUUCCUGCCGAAUGUGUUGAGGAAGUCCAGAUGAGACAAUACGACCCAAGACUGGAGACGAGGGAGGACCGCACCAAGAGACUGUUCAGACAUUAUACUGUAGGAUCAUAUGACAACUACACCUCCUACAGUGACUAUGUGAUCGAGGAGAAGACGGCCGUGCUGCAGAAGAGAGAGAGCGAGGGAUUCGGCUUCGUCCUCAGAGGAGCUAAAGCUGAGACACCCAUCGAGGAGUUUGCUCCCACCCCGGCGUUUCCUGCUCUGCAGUACCUGGAGUCAGUUGACCAGGGGGGCGUGGCCUGGAGGGCGGGGCUACGGACCGGAGACUUCCUCAUAGAGGUGAACGGUACUGACGUGGUGAAGGUGGGUCACCGGCAGGUCGUCUCUCUGAUCCGACAGGGAGGCAGUCGCCUGCUGAUGAAAGUCGUAUCAGUUUCCCGGAAAUCAGAAUCCAACUUGAUCAGGAAGAAAGCUCCGCCUCCUCCAAAACGAGCCCCCAGUACCUCGUUGACACUGCGAUCCAAGUCCAUGACCGCUGACCUGGAGGACAUAGAGAAACUGGAUGAGAUGCUGGCAGGAAGUCAACAGGAAGUUGUUCUGAGGGCCCGCCCAUCAGACGACUUCAGAGCGGCGACGGUUAAACAGAGACCGACCAGCCGACGAAUCACACAGGCCGAGAUUAAUUCCUUGUUUGAACGUCAGGGUCUCGUCCCCCCCUCAGCCCCAGAGAAGAGCACCAUGGCUUUGCCCAGAGGAAUGUCCAGAACCAAAAGUUUUGGCACACCUGAGGAUGACCGCAUCACGGCUCUGAUCAAUGAAAGUCGGUUUCCACGGAGCUCCUCGUUGACGGACAGCUUCAUCCCUCCUCCUCCUCAGACAGCUCCACCCCCUCCUCCCUCCGCUUCCUCCACCUCGGCGCUCUUCCUCCUCGACUCUGGGCCUCCUCCCUCCUUCCUCCCCCCUCCUCCCCCAGCCAGAGGGGAGGGGCUGACCCGCUCCAGCUUCAAGCCAGGGGCAGAACCGAGGCUGCAGGAGCUCACGGAUUCGCCGACGAGGAGCCACGCCCAUGCUGAGCGCCAGAGGAAGGCGAGGUCCAUGAUCAUCCUGCAGGACACGCCGCCGCCGCUGCAGCCUGACGCGCACGCUGCCGCCACGCACACGCUGCACACUGCCACACACACCGCCACACACACGCUUCACACCGCUACACACACCUCCACGCUGUCCCUCCACAGCACCAGCCCCGCCCUCGGUCAUUCACCACUGUCACGCCGCCGGGGACGACCAAUAGAAAACCCUUAUGCUAAUGUGGGACAGCAAGCUCCGCCCACCAAACCACAGAGGAGGAAGUCACCACUGCUGAAACAACUUCCUGUAGAGGAGCAGGGACUUGGAAUCAAAGAUCAUGAUGUGAAGUCAGAUGGUGGUGGACCUGGCAGCCCCAGUAGGGCGGAGAUAUACCAGCAGCAGGUUCUUUCUGAGCGUGCACGGGUCCAGGGCCGCCGAUCAUCCCUCUUCCUGUCUGUGGAAGGGGCGGGGUCAGACAAUCAGGCACCACCCCUCUUGACUCAGAGCCAUUCAAUGGAUGACCUUGGGGAGCUUCCCCCUCCUGCUCCAGUCCUUUCGCCUUCACCAACACCUCACACCUUCCUCCACCCGCUGACAGGGAAACCUCUAGACCCCUCAUCUCCACUUGCCCUGGCUCUUGCUGCACGAGAACGAGCGCUCACAGCCCGCACGCCUAGUCCCGAGCCUCGAACUAAACAUGCGUCCGCCUCAACCACACCUAUCCCCACUCCGGCUGCAAGUCCUGAGGGCAGGCACAAGCGCACCCCUAUCACCACCCCGCACAGCAGCCCCGAACCACGAUCCAAACGCACCACCCCUCAGACGAGCCCCGAGCAGCGAACAAAGCGCACCACUCCUCAGACCAGCCCGGAGCUGAGGCAUAAACGCAUAACCCCACCCCUAUUCCCUGAUGGACAGGUGGAGCGACCAGAAACAGAGGGAGGAGUGACAUCACCCGCUGCCCCCUCCCCUGAGCGCUGGAGACCUGUCCCCUUGUCAACCCUGGCCAAUGAGAGCCACCCUUCUCUGAUUGACAGACGCAAAAGCCUCACAGUGGGCAGCUCAGAGGAGGAGGGUGGGGCUUAUACAGUGACACUCCCACCAGCAUUACUGUCAUCCAGUGAUGAGGAAACUAGAGAGGAGCUGCGCAGAAUCGGCCUGGUGGCUCCGCCCCCUGCCUUCGCCAGUCCUCCUGCUCUUCCUCCACCAUCCUCCCUCACCUUGUUGCCACGGCGAGGUGGGGAGGGAGGGGGAGGGGAGAGUGGUCCUGACUCCCUGGGUAGACGAGAUGACGAGGAAGGAGGUGACGAGCGGCUUCAUGAUAGCUCCUCCUCACCCAGCUCGCUCCCUCCCUCUAUCACCCUGGCUUCCCCUCCUGCUCCAUCCUCUCCCUCCUCACCUCCUGCUCACCCUUCCCCCUCCCCUGCAUCCACAUCCCCAUCAGGCCUUAAGCCCCGCCUUCGUUCACCUAUUGGCCGGGGCCGCUCGGCACUUAGGGACCCACUGCUGAAACAAUCAUCGGACAGCGAGCUCCUCCCCUCUGCUGCAUCCUCCUCCUCCCCCUCCUCUCCACUGUCCUCCUCCCCCACCAGUGGGCGGCAGCCACGCUAUUUGUUCCAGAGGAGGUCCAAGCUGUGGGGAGGCGGGGAUGACCGUGGCGAGGAGCGGCGGGGCUUCAGCCCAGAGGAUGGAAUAGGCCGUCCAUCAGCGCUUGGAGGUCAGGGGUCGGGGUCAGCUGUGGAUCUGACUAGCCGAUCGGCUUCAGCACUGGAGCUGAGUGGCAGGGCAGGAUCUGGACUGGAUCUUGCUAAUCGGCUGCAGCUGCUGAACAAGGACAGUCACUCUCUGGGGGAGGAACCGAGUCCCCUUGACCCGGGCCGGAGGUCACCAGUAGGAGGUGCCAGAUGUGUGGACAGUGGGGAGAGUAAAUCGUUGUUCUCCAGUCUAGGUGAACUCCACACCAUCUCCCAGCGAGGAUAUGGCGCCAGCUACACAGUCCGACCAGGAAGUCGCUACCCUGUCACCCGCCGGAGCCCCUCCCCCUCUCCCUCCCCCUCUGAUAGGUCAAUAGGGCUUCCCUCUUCCCCCGCCCCCUGCUCUGAAAGGCCAGAUCUGAGCUCGGGUCGUGGUCUAACCAUCCUGAAGUCGUCUAGUCUCAGUCUCCCCUCUGAACCAAAGGAGGUUCGGUUUGUGAUGCGAAGUGCCAGCGCACGAACCAGGUCCCGUUCACCCUCACCUUCACCCCACGCCUCCCCGUGCCCCUCCCCAGUCCUCAGCGGGCCCCUGUUGGCCCUUCGGCCAUGGAGGCAGCGGCCCCUCAACCUGUGGAAUAAAUAUGAUGUGGGUGACUGGCUGGAGAGUGUGGGUCUGGCUGAACAUCGCCAGCGCUUCCAGGAGCACGAGAUCGAAGGCUCCCAUCUCCCCGCCCUCACCAAGGAGGACUACGUGGAGCUGGGCGUCACCAGACUGGGACACCGAAUCAACAUCGAGAGGGCACUCAGACAGCUGCUGGAUGGUUCCACUUGACCCCUCACCUCUGACCAUUCACCUCUAGACAUCCUGAACUGUGACCUCAUAACCCCUGACCUCUGGUCAGACACUAGGCCAUCUCUUUGACUAGGAUAUCUUAUCAAUGACUGAAUCUUUAGACCUUUUUACCAACGUGGAGCCCAGCUCUCUGAGUAAUCUCAGUGUCAUUUUGGCUUAUCAGCUCUUUGAUCAACUCAGUGUUGUGAAGCAGGACGACUGGUAGCACUGAGCUCUGAGUCCCGUACGUAGCUUUAGUGUCAUUUUAGACGUCCAAUAUUUAGUUUUACGUCUGUUCAUGUCAGUAAAUACCCAGUCAACGUCAAAGUUGUCAUUCAUUUCAAAAUAGAAUAAUAGUUGAACACAAUUCCUUUUAGUGUUAUCUUAGUUGCUGCUGGCAGAACACAUGCCUUUUCAUUGGACAGGGCUUUCAUAGCAAAAACAAAAGUUCAACAUUGCCAAUGCAGAGAUUGGCUACCUUUUCUUGGGCAGCCAUGCAAACCAGGUUUUGCGGCCAAAAUUGUACUAAACUGGCACUAAAUACGCUGGCUUCCAAACAAUUUGUAGGAAUAAAUCCCAUCUUAGCACAAAAUAUGACAUUUUCAGAGACAGAUGACACAACACUUUUAGGGCUACAACCGAGUUUCACUGUUGAUUAAUCUGACAACUAUUUUCUUGAUUAAUAAUUAAGUCUAUAAAAUGUCAAAAAAUUGUGAAAGAUGCCAACACAAUCCUAAAACAAUAAGUUUACUAUCACUAUUACUAAGAAAAGUAAUAACAUUUGGAAAGCUGGAAGCAGUGGAGUUUUGGCAUUUUUGUAGCCCAAAAAUGACAAUUUAGUAUUAAAACAUCUGUCAAUGGACUAGUGGAUUAAUGGACUCAAAUUCAUGUUCUACUCUCCAUUUAAUCUCCAUCUAAUUUGUGUCCAUUCCCUGACAAACUGGAUGGAAUGGCCGCAGUUGCUUACAUUUGGUACUUUUCCCAAAUAUGGACGUAGUAUAAGCUAAUAAAACUAACUGGAUUUUACAUGUUUUUUUCUGUGUAUUCUAAUCUGGAUCACCAGAAAAUAGAAUAUCCAGAAAAGGAAUAUGAGUUUUGACUUUUUAUUACGAGUGCCUGCUAAAGUAGUUAAUACCAUCCACACAGUGUUCCAAAGAAUUGCAUUAGCUUACAGCAUACUCAGCUAAGUACAGCUGGAAGCUCUUCUGCCAGUCUCGACAGGUGAAAAGACGAUCAAAGAGCUGAUUUGACAAACUGACCACAAACAUUAUGAGACGGGUUCUUUUCCUUGUGCCAUUCUGCUUCCCCAGACGAGUUUAGCAGGACUUUUGCUAGCGGACCUGGACGAUUAGCGAGCUGCCGGGAGUCUCUGCUUUGACAACAGGAGAUCAGCUGAGGAUAUGUCUCAGUCCUUUUCAGAAAAGUUCUUGUGACUUAGCAUUUUUAUCAAAUAUCACUCAUAAAGAAUUUGUGUUAAUUUUGAGUUCAUAUCUUAAUGCCGAUCAUUUAGAAUUUAUGAAUAACAAGUAAUAAUAAUGUGGUGGUGAUGACUUACAGAGUUUAUAUUGUUUGGAAAUGAUUUUGAGUUUCUUAUGAUUUGACAAUGAGUUGAGUUUCAAGGUCAUUUCGGUGAUGUUUUGGAAUUCAUAAUGAUUUGUCAAUGAGUGUGACUUUGUGCUGAUGUGCUGUGUGUUUCAGGGAGAGCUGCAGCAGAGCUCCAACUGUAAACCUCUCUGGUUUCUAACCUGCUUAUCGAGGGCUUACUGUACAUGGUGCUAUCUGUUUAAAGCCAUCUGUACAGAAAAUACCUUUCUCCUUCCCCUCCUAUACCUUCCUCACACUGACACCAUAAACUUUUAGGUUAACCCCCUUAACUCUAGUGUGUUAUUCCUAAAUUAACCAAUCAAGUGUGGCUGUACUUGCUAUAUCUUUGCAGUAACCAUAAUCAGGAACAGGCCAUAUAUGGAGUUUCCUCCCUGCCAUAAAGGGGAUUUAAACCCUGCCAUAUGUGGAGUUUCCUCCAGACCAUAUAGAGUUUCCCUGAGGCCAUAUAUAGUUUUAAAAAGGCCAUAAAUUGAGUUGCCAAACUUAAUAAUUGUUCAUUCAUGUAAAGUCACUAAAUUUAUGAAUUAAAGAGCGGUCACACUGAAAUUUGUUCAAAAUGAGACCUCCCUCUCUCUAGUUGCGAUUGAUUCUGCCCUCUUAGCUUCACGUAGACUUCAAUCUGAUUAAAGUUUGACAUGCAAAAUUUCAGGGUGAUUUCUAUCCAAUUAAAAAGAAUGAGUGGCAUUGAUUGUUUAUAUAACUUUUAUAAAUCACUGCACAGUGAAAUACAAGUAGCAGAGAAGGAGGGAUAUGCUUUAUUCCAAGAGAUUAAUGACGAUAAAGUGUUUGAUAAGAAGGUAUAUAUUUCAGUUUGGGAAAUGCUAUUGCUGACGCACUUUAUGCUUAAAAUGCUGCCCACGCUGUUUCCUGUCGAGCCAGCUUUGCGCCACAGCACGCAAGUAAAUUUCACCUUUGCAAAAUCCAGUAUGACCGCACCAUUUCCAAUAUUGGUGGGCAAAACCAUCCCUGCAUUAACCAUCUUACUCAGAGACAGAUGAGAAGACUUGUGUGUACAGUAACAGAGAUGGGUCCUAAACUUAUUUAGCCUAGCCUAGCACAAAGACAUACAUGGAUGUAAAGGGCAACUGCCAGUCUAGCUCUAUCAAUAGUGAAAAAAUACAACUUCCAACAACUCCAAAGAUGGGUUAGGGACUUGUAUGCUAUAUCUUGCAGAGUUUAGUUGACACAGUAGGGGCAGAGCUCAAAACCCAACAUGAGGACAAUGCUAGCUGCUGCUAAAACCACACUGUCUCAUUUUUAUUUUAUUGUCUACACUUGUACAAUAAACAAUUUAAAAUACAACAAGACAUCUCCGGAGUCGCUGGAAGGUGUAUUUGUUUCACUUUUUUCCCCUCAAAUUUGAAUUGGGAAUCCGCGGUAAUGACAUAUCAGGAACUGUUAGCUUUAAUAGUGCUUUUAGCGAUUUUCUAAAUGAGGCAUGUUGCCACAACUCGUCUUUUCUCAAUAUUUUCAUACAAUUUGUCAUCAAAUUUGAUACAGCUACAUAAUUUACUUGAUAUGUUAGUGUCUCCUCUUCAAUCCCCCUCUGAAGCACAAACAACGUUCCAGUGCCUGACUCCACAAGAACAAAUCUACUACGUUGUUUAUGACUUAAGUAUCUAAACAAAGGCAAAGCCGCCAAUCAUGAUUUAUACAAGUUUACCAUGAUGAUGACUACAGAGGUAUAGAAUGUAUAGUCUAUGUACAGCACAUUGCAGUAGACUAUAGAAUCUGUGUAAUAUAUAUUAUGUUAGAAUAAUGUAGCUAUAUAGUGUAAUAUAUAUAAAGUAUAGUAGAUUUUAAAAUUUACAACAGUAAUAUUUUGGUAAGUUGUAGUCUAUGAAGUCUUUAUCCAUAUGUGAUAUUCAGCCUUUAUAAACAGUUACACAUCAGCUGUUAAUCAGACUUAUGCCAUCUCUAAACAAUCUACACAUAUCAAAACAUCAACAGUGAACUACAAGGACACUCUAGAAUUUGGGGGCACUAUGGCAAAAUCAAGAGAGUGUAUCUUUAAAGAGUAACUUAACACUAAAUUCACUUUGAGUUAAUAAAUUAUACAAAGUCACUUAAGUAUCAAUUGGUUUUUUUCCAAGUCUAUAGUGUUCAUUGCAUUAACAGUUGUUUGCCCUUUUUUCCAGAAAAUCCAAGUAAUUCUGUCUUUUAGAGUGGUGGUUCCCAACAAAAUGAGUCCACGUACGACCCCCAGUCAUCAGUUGCAUAUGUUUACCAUUUGUAAUGUUUAAAAAGAUAAGAGGUAAAACUUCACGUCCCAUAAGUACAAGGCAACAUAAUGUUACACUUCAAUCAAAUGCCGCGUUCACACUAUGUUGGAUGGAUGGGAAGGAUCAUAAAGAUUCACAUGUUGAGGACUUUCAAGCGUUCACGUCCUCUGACAACUCAGGAAGGUUAUAUAAUAACGGAAUUGGUUGUAUGAGGGUUUAAAAUACUUUGCAUUGACAAAAUUACAUUAUAUCCAUUAAAUUUGUGUUUAAUUACACUGAAUGACAGACUUUUGCUGACAUGAGGCGUCCAUGUGUGCUUGGUUUCCAGACACUUGUGUUUAAUUACGUGCCAAGUUGGAUAUAUCAGAGUUUUUUUGAUAAAUCAGUUUCACAGUCAUAAUUACGACUUGGAAGUUGACAUGAAUGUUAUUUAAAAGUCCAAUAUAACUGGACGCAGCAUGAGCAAUAAAUCAGUUUGUAUGAAGUUAUGUUAGUCCACUUCUGAAGGCAAAAGGGUUUCUACUUGUUUUGAAUUGCCACAUCCAAAGACGGGGCCAAAAAUCCUGCCAUCUGGUGAGGAACAAAACAUGAUGAAUCAUAUGUAGACAAGUUCAAAUCCUGGAACUUUGCAUACUUGGCCAAUCAGUGCAUAAAGUUGUUGUGCUAGUAGGAUUGUCAGUUACAUAAAUGGAAAAAAAAUAGUCGGAUGUAGCCUCAACCCCCAAAUUAAAACAUUGUAAGAAAAUAGAAGAAAAUCUGUUAACACAAACCUUUCCAGUAAUUCAUCUGUAAAACUAACCAUCCUCGUUUCACAGGUAAAGAGGGAGCAUCUGCUGUGUAGCUGUUUACAUCAGUGAAUAUCACAUUUAUCAUAUAAAUACUGUAUAUCUGUGUAGUAUAUAUUAUAAUAGACUAUAGUCUACUGUACAGAGUCAUCAGCUCCAUGUAGACCACAGAAUGAGACGUGGGCUGUCACUUUCUCUGCAGUGGAACAAUAAAAAUCAGGUUGGAUGUAGAUCAAUGAUGAGGUCUGUGUGACCUCUGACCUCAGGUCCCCAAUGGGAAUCCCUCUGUACGCUAAUAUACCAGACAUGAGGUCAUUUACUUAUUAUAAGAUUUCUCAGCCAAUCAGAAAAAUAACCUGAUGUUGAAAUAUCAUCAGUGACAUGAUGAUUAAGUAUAUCAGUGGUAUUCUCCCACUUUAUACAUUUUAACCCAAAUGUUCACCUUCUGUCACCAGUCAAACUAGUUUCAGCUGACACUAGAAGAUAAUUUAGAAGUUUACAUGACCACAUGAACCUUAAUUGUUAAAUCUGAAGCCAUUUGGAUGAAAACGUGUCCUGUCCUGUCUUGUCUUUUGAGUCUCAUUUUAGACAAGUUUUAGCCUGGUUUUCCCCAUCCAUUUUUCCAAGUUCUUGGACACAGGAGUGAUUUUUUUGGCCAUCUUUCCUACUUAGAAAUUUUAACCCGUUUCAACACAGUCCCACAACUUGAAACCUUGUUAGUCACACAUUCUGACACAAGCAAAUGUCUGUCCAGCAUAGCUAACAUCUGCCAGCUUGCUACAUUAACUAACAUGCUAUCAACUGUUACAAUCGUGUUCCAGUCCCAACUGUCCAGUUAUCACAGCAAAGAAUACAACUGGUGAUAAUCUAUAUUUUCUUUAUUGUCAACAAAUCCCAUGAAAAGACCAAAAUCCAACAAUGUGUCAGUCUGUCUCUCAAUGCUUUGACUUCCCUACCCUGUCUAUUGCUCUUAGCCCCAAACCUAUUUCAACUGAGGCCAUAAAUCUUUUAAAAAAAAACAACAAAAAAAACAGCCCACAAAUAGUUUAAUUUUUUUUAAAGUUCCUAAAACAGCUGGCCAAUGUAGUUUUAAACAACAAACAGGAGGAAAUAGUGCAUUUUGGGGGACUACAGCUAGUAAAUGUUAGCCUGUUAGCUCCAUACCAGCUCCCUUUUUUUGAUUUGAUAAGCCUCCGAUGUAUAAUUGUGAUAACGCUCCAUAAGGUGUCCAGUUAAAGUCUGAGAGUUUCUUCUCGCCUAAUAAAAUAGACAUGUGGCUAAUUAGAAAGUUAUAAUGGACUGAAUGAUGGAGACAAAAUGGCUGCUCAAGAAUAUUAGAGAAGACCAACAUGGCGACCAGGAGAGAACCAAGACAAUUGUAUAAAAAGAUGGAAUAAAGGGCCAAAAUUGGCUGCCACUGGAUAUUUUAAUGGGCUGUAUCUGAAAUUGCUCCCUUGUUCACUCAUUCACUGCUCCCUAUACAAUAAACAAUCAAUACUUUACUCAAUAGUGAGCAACAAAUUGAGAUUUCAUGCACUUCCUGAUUGUCAUUUCUUGUCAUCAUUUGCGCAUCUAUAAAAAUGCGACGCCACAAGGCUACUUUUUUGUUAAUUUGGUAAAAUUUUUGAGGGCACUGCGCAGAUAAAUUUACGCCCAGAAUUUGGACACUCAAAUAAAAUGGUGACAGUAAAUACAGAUUACUUUAUAGCAACUAGGGAGUGAUUUUGGAUACAGCCAUAGUGUCGUAAAGAAACUAUGACUUCACCAUGGUAACCCCUCAGCUUCCUGCUGAUUGGCUGAGAAUUCUGGCUUUCUAACCUGUGUGAAACCUUCCUCCUCCUCCUCCUCCUCCUCCUCCUGAUAUUCACCUGGUUAUAAUGGUUUUAUGGUUUUCCUCCUCCUUUCUAGCUUCCUCUUUUUACAGUAUGUUUGUAGUUUCUUCUGGAGUGAGUGGCGUGUGUGUACUUGUAGUUUUUUCUUCCCUUUUCUAAAGACUAAAGAGCACACAAUUACAACUGAUGAGCUCUGCAACGCAACAGAUUGUAAUCUUUAUAAUAAACUGUCAUUUAUUACAAAGAGAA